CGCCUCACGCGCUCCACCGAUUAGGCAGCAAGAAGCGGCAUGAACGACGGCAAAAGUGUUGCUGUGGUGGGUGCGGGCAUUAUGGGGCUCUGCACGGCUUACUAUCUGGCCAAAUCUGGUCGGUGCCAAGAGAUUGUUCUGAUCGAAGAGGGAGAGGUCGCUGGGGGUGCAAGUGGGAGGGCAGCAGGCUUCCUGGCGAGGGACUGGCACGGCGCGCCAACAAGGUCCCUCGGCAAACUUUCCUAUGAGCUCCAUGAAGAAGUUGCUCGAGAGCUUGAUGGGCCUGCUCGCUAUGGAUAUCGAAAGGUAGCUUCCCUCUCGAUGCAUGUGGCAACAGGUCUGGGCGAUGGUAGCAGUCAUUCACACAGUUCUUCUUGGGUCGAUGCGAACAAUGUCUCUGAUGUCAGCGCCAUCGAAGAGGCGCAAGGUGGCGGAACGGCGCAGCUACAUCCCCGCCUCUUCUGUCAAGUCCUCUUACAGGAAUGCCUCUCGUUGGGCGUCCAGCUUCGCAGAGCUCGCGCUGAGUCUGUCGACGGCAAUCAUAAGGUCCGCAUGUCGAACGGCGAGACCAUCAAGUCCGAUGCUGUGGUCCUCUGCUGUGGACCAUGGACGGGCCGAGUGGCAAAAGAGCUGUGGGAGAUCGAUGUCGACAUUCGCGAUCUCGCAGGGCAUUCGCUUGUGAUUCGCACUGCAGGGCCCAUCCCGCCCGUAGCCAUCUUCGCUUCACUCUCCUCCAAGCAUGCUACUGCAACACCCGAGCUCUUUUCACGGCCAGAUGGCACCGUGUACAUUGCAGGCGAAAACACUGGUGCGCCAUUACCUCCAGGGACAGCGUCAGUCGAAACAGCAGAGGCCUCGUUGGACCGAUUACUUGCUGCUUGCAAGCUUAUCUCUCCUGCCUUGGCAUCCGGCACCGUCGUGGAGCGCGCACUUUGCUAUCGUCCUGUCACGAGCCGCGGAUAUCCGUACCUUUGCUCCCUGUCAGACAGCGGGCUCCCAGGCUGCUACAUAUGCGCAGGACAUGGUCCGUGGGGGAUAUCGCUCUCGCUUGGCUCUGGCAAGGUCAUGAGCGAGAUCAUUCUCGACGGACACGCUAGCAGCGCGGAUGUGCCCUACUUGCAGAAAUCAUGAUUGCAUCAUCUUCUCUCAGCCUGAGCGGUCAACAGAGGGCGACAUGAGGCGACGAGCAUUCCCGAAAAAUAUGUUGUCGAUGUGACGCUGGUCGGUCCACCGGCUUGCC